AUGGUGUGCAUCCGGCAGGCGACGAUCGACGACCUGCUGGCGAUGCAGGCGUGCAACCUGAUGUGCCUGCCGGAGAACUACCAGAUGAAGUACUACUUCUACCACAUGCUUUCGUGGCCGCAGCUCCUGUUCGUCGCCGAGGACUACGGCGGCCGCAUCGUCGGCUACGUGCUGGCCAAGAUGGAGGAGGACCCCUCGGAGCCCUGCCACGGCCACAUCACCUCGCUCGCCGUGCUCCGCUCCCACCGCAAGCUCGGCCUCGCCACCAAGCUCAUGUCGGCCGCGCAGGCCGCCAUGGACCAGGUCUUCGGCGCCGAGUACGUGUCGCUCCACGUCCGCCGCUCCAACCGCGCCGCCUUCAACCUCUACACCUCCACCCUCGGCUACCAGAUCCACGACAUCGAGGCCAAGUACUACGCCGACGGCGAGGACGCCUACGACAUGCGCAAGAUGCUGCGCCAGCCCGUCCCCAAGAAGCACCACCACCACCACCACGCCGGCGGCGGCUGCUGCUCCCACGACGCCCCUGCUGCCGCCGCGGCCGGCUCGUCCCCGACCUCCGCUUCGCCGGAGAAGAAGGCCGAUUCAUGA